AUGGAGCAGGAACGUCCGAAAACACCUCCACCGCUGGAAGAGAUAAUUCGAAGGACGACCAUCGACGAUGCAGACCACAUCCAAAACAGCAAGCUGCAGCAUAUCGACAGUAUGGAGUCGCGCAAUUCUGAAACUACAGCUCGAACGGGUUCCUUUUCCACGGAAACCAAUGAUUCUUACGUCCGCGAUCACAGAAGGUCAUCUAUCGCAGCUUUUGCCAAGGGCAUCGUACGGCACGUACCAGAAUUCAGAAUGCUUCACCUGCCCGAAAGCAGAGAUGACCAAGACCGGCGAGAUCCCCAGGAAGGAGGUCCGCUUAAAUUACACAAGAAGGACCGCAUGCUUUCAUUCGCACCGCUUCCUGUUGUCAAAGCGAAGGAGUCGUACGAGCAAGCAUCAAAGCCAUCCGUCGUGAUCGAAGAGCCAACAACGCCAACAAAAACUGCAAAAACCCCAUCGUGCCCACAGUCUCCAACGGGAAAAGGCGGACUGCGGGACCGCAGAAAGGUCAAUCUCGAUCUUUCCAUGCCAACCGUCAUUCCAGACUUACCUGCUCGCGGCCGCUCACCCGUCGAUAUUAUGGCCAACCUCGGUGCUCCACGCGCGCGAAGCCCGAAAACACCGUGGAUUCGCAAAGAGCAGCCGAAGUGGGAGCCAAUGCCAAUGGCCAAAGCUACGCCAAUCCUCGAAGAAGACUACAUUCGGGACAGCACCUCAGCGCUGAGGAAUGACAACAAAGGUGGCGUAGGUCUCCUGCCCGAUACCGAUGCGAUCUUCUCGUCGCAAUCCCCGAAGUUCGAACGACCGCCACCGAAACAAGCCCGAACAAAGGCAGAGUUGCAGCAAAUAGCGAGCGAAUCCAAGGCGACACGUUCGCGCCGCUGGUUAUGGCUGAACAAAUCGAGUGACGAUGCACCACCCUCUCCUGGACCCGCGCAAUCUCUCAAUCGCCGCUUCUCUUUCAAUCCCUUCCGACGCUCAAACCGCAUCUCCGACCAAAACGGCACAGAGGCUACCAAACAACAAACUCCAUUCUCCUUCUUCCCGGCUCGGGGCAAACAGGUACCUCCAGUAAAGUCGCUCGCACAGAUGCAUGCUCCGCCAGCCUUCAUCCCACCGGGUCUCCAACGCGUACCAACUCCACCAAUGUUCGACUCAAACGGCGAAGUCAAAGGCAAGCUAGCAGACUUCUUCUUCGACGUCCACGGCGGUGGCAGCGCAAUCAACACACGCAACAAGCCCAAGUCCAGUCCAGGCGGCUACUGGGAUUCCGACGCCCUACUCAUGAGCCUAGCAAACGACAUCGACAACCCCUCGGACGAAGCAGAAGACGAAGGCCCCUCCGGCCCCCGCAGCGACUUUAUCAACCCACCCGUUGACUUUGGCCCGAGCAGUACCCUCACAGCAAGCACAAGCAACGAAAUCGGCAACGCAGCAGGCUACCUUGGCGUAAAACCACCAGCCAGUCCCUCCCUAGCCGCCACAUCCCCCAUGCUGGGCCACGACGUCUGGUCCCGCAUCCACCAAUCGCACUACCCCGACACGCCCGACGAACGCACUCUCGCAGCGCUCGCCCGCCAAGAAGAAGAAGAGCGACGAAAGUUUGAAUGGCUCGUCCCUGAACACCUUCCUAAUAGUCCGCUGUGCCCUCUGCAUCCUAAGUCUGGUAAUGAGAUUAGGAAGGGUGAAGAAGAGGAGAUUGAUUAG